AACGAAUUAUCUAGUUUGUUGAUUCCAUUGUAACAAGGAAAGAGCGUUUAUAACCAGAUAAAAACAUUUUACGGAAGUACUUCCACAAUGGGAUGCACUUGCUCAACCGAGGCAGUGCCCAUUGUGGAAAUUCGCCAAAGGCGACGUACUAUCAAGGAAAGAAUCAUUGAAUUUUUUCGAAGAAAUGACCGAAGAAGAGAAAAUCAGGAUCCAGGGCCACAACAGGGGGCGGACGAAGCGACCGUCUCAGUGGCUGUUCAAGUUGUGGAUAGCGGACCUGAUGGAAACCAGGAGGAGGCCGCCUCAGUGAAUGCUCAAGUUGAGAAUAACGGGCCUGAUGGUAACCAAGAGAAGAAAACUCCUCAGCUUCCUUUACCCACUAGGACAUAUUCUGAUGUGUCUAUCACAGGGAUGAUCGACAUUUUUGAAGAGAGUAGGAAAAAGAAAACUGUUAGUACUACUACUUCCACCACUAAACGAGAUGACCCAGCUUUCGAUCAGCCCCGUCCGAAAAAACAACGCCGCAAGUCCAAGGCAGAACAGGGAAACAUGCCUAAAGAAAACAGCAGGUCUGGAGAAAGCCGCAUCAACUACAAACCGCCACCGGAGAAGCCGAGCCACGAGAAGAAGCUGAAGUCCAACGACCCAAGCUAUCGAGUUGAUUCUUCACGAGUUGUCUGCAUUGGCGCCAUUCCUUCCGAGGAAGACAUCAGUGUAACAGCUGAGCCGGGAACUUCAAGGAAGACUAGCAGCGGAAAUGUCGAGAGGAGCAACGCCUGUGAAGCGGCAAACAAAAGCUACUGCAAUGGAUCUGCAACAAGAGAUCUCAAGCAGGAGUCUGCAAGGGCAUGGGAUAGCGGUAAAGACAGGAACAGUGUGGAGGGAGCAGGAACAAGUGCCAGUGGUCAAGCUUCUACAAGCUAUGACAUCCCAAUGGAUGCCGGUGCUGGCCCAUCCACUUGGAGCAGUCCCAAGAUGUAUGGGAAUUCCCGUGAGCAGACCAGGAAGGAGAUAGAAAUGGCACUUCUGGCCGCUGAAAAUAAACCCUUCCACCGCCCUUCCUACGUCAUCGAUACUCGUGAUGUGAAAAUCCGCCCAAAAGCAGCUAAGGGCCCCCGCAAGCCGCCGCUUGAAUCUCGCACCAGUGCACCGGCCGUAAUGAGCAAUCUGCAAAGCUGUGUGCGCGAAUUCAACCGAGAUGUAGACAGGUUGUUUGAAUCCCAGCCUCAGCAGACUCAACCCAGCGAUAAGCCCUACGACAUCAACAAGCGGCCCAAAGCAGCGCGCGGCGUCAGGACCCUGCAGACCACCGAUAUCUGCGGAAACACCAGGAGCUUUUCUAGCGGCAGCUACAGCCUGCGUCCCCAGCUUACUAUGCCAGGGCUGAGGCUCCCCGAACAUGACGCUCUGGAGAGAUUCGCGCAGUACCAGAGGAACCAGGAGGAGCAGAGGAGACGGGACAGGGAUCAGGGCAGAGAUAACAGGGAUCAGGGCAGAGAUCACAGGGAUCAGGGCAGAGAUCACAGGGACCAGGGCAGAGAUUACGAUGAGGACAAGGAAGAGGGCAAGCGCAGAGGAAGGGGCAAGAACUAGGUCAGUAGCAGGCAUAAUUUCAACACACAGUCAACAAUUUGUCCAAUAGCACACAGAUGAAAUUCCUUGAUCCGCUCCUGUUUUUACUGCAGACUGAACAUUUCCUAGUCAGCUCUACGGCUAGAUGGACGCAAUUUAUAUAUUUAUA